AUGGAGCUCCUGGGAAUGACCACUAUUUUCUUGCUGGUCUGCAUCUUAUGCCUUCUUCUCUUUUCCUCAUGGAGAAGUGUAUCACAAAAAGAGAAGCAACCGCCUGGUCCCAUCAGUCUCCCCAUUCUUGGAAACAUUCUCCAGUUGAACCCGAUGAACUUGGCUGAAAGCUUGAAGACGCUCAGCAAGAAGUAUGGUCCUAUCUUCACAAUACAUUUCGGUCCAAGAAAGGCUGUGGUGCUUUAUGGCUCUGAUGUGGUGAAAGAAGCUCUCAUUGAUCAGGCAGAUGACUUCAGUGGAAGAAGCAUUUUACCAUUGUUUGAGAAACUCUUCCAAGGGGCAGGCAUUGUGACCAGCAAUGGGGAGACCUGGAAGCAGCUGCGACGAUUUGCACUCACCACCCUGCGUGAUUUUGGGAUGGGGAAGAAGAGCAUAGAGGAGCGAAUCCAGGAGGAAGCUCGUUUUCUGGUGGAUAGGAUCAGAAAAACACACGGGCGACCCUUCGACCCUGUCAAAUUCCUUACCCAUGCUGUUUCCAACAUCAUCUGCUCAGUCAUCUUUGGGGAUCGGUUUGACUAUGAAGACAAGAAAUUUCUAACUCUGAUUGAGUUGCUAGAUGAAAACAACAAGCUCCAGGGCUCUAUACAAACACAGCUAUACAAUUUCUUCCCAACUCUCAUGGAGAUUUUACCUGGCCCUCAUAAAAAACUGAUGAAAAAUGUUGAACAAGUUGAUAAAUUCACUUUAGAAAUCAUAGCAGAGCACCAGGAAACUCGGGAUCCCAGUUGUCCUCGAGAUUUUAUUGAUGCUUUUCUUAACAAAAUUGACCAGGAGAAAGGGAAUGCUCACUCAAACUUCACCGUUGGCUCUUUGAGCAGAACCACGCUCGACUUGUUCCUUGCAGGAACAGGGACAACCAGCACCACACUGAGAUAUGGAAUUGUGAUCCUCCAGAAAUACCCAGAGAUAGUAGAGAAAGUUCAAGAGGAGAUUGACCAUGUGAUUGGCCGAGACCGAAGCCCCUGCAUGGCAGAUCGGAGCCAGAUGCCCUACACAGAUGCUGUGAUCCAUGAAAUCCAGAGAUUCAUUGAUUUCCUUCCAUUUAAUGUCCCACAUGCUGUCAUCAGGGACACUAAGUUCAGAGAUUAUUUUAUCCCCAAGGGUACCACGAUAUUCCCUAUGCUGACUUCCGUCCUACAUGAUAGCAAGGAAUUUCCAAAUCCAGAAAAAUUUGAUCCAGGACAUUUCCUGAAUGCAAAUGGUACCUUUAAAAAGAGUGACUGCUUCAUGCCAUUUUCUGCAGGAAAACGCAUCUGUGCAGGAGAAGGUCUGGCUCGGAUGGAGAUAUUCAUAUUUUUAACAUCCAUCCUGCAGAACUUUACUUUGAAAUCUGUUGUGGAUCCCAAGAACGUUGACAUUUCCCCAUUAGUCAGCACUCUGGCAAAUUUGCCUCGAUCUUAUGAGGUCUCUUUUCUUCCACGUUAG